GAGCGAACUGUCAAACGCCCGAGAAAGUUUUUCUUCAUCAGCUUUGCCAAGUCGGUCACCCACAAAAACCCGGAUUUUCACAGGAUUUCACCCUCAAUUCCCCCGCACGAUGGCCUCCAGCACGGAGGACUUUUACCUGCGCUAUUACGUCGGCCACAAGGGCAAGUUCGGGCACGAGUUUCUCGAGUUUGAGUUCCGGCCGGACGGCAAGCUGCGGUACGCGAACAACUCCAACUACAAAAACGACACCAUGAUCCGGAAGGAGGCGUACGUGCACCAGUCCGUGAUGGAGGAGCUGAAGCGCGUCAUCGUCGACUCGGAGAUCAUGCAGGAGGACGACUCGCUGUGGCCGCCGCCGGAUCGCGUCGGACGGCAGGAACUGGAAAUCGUCAUCGGCGACGAGCACAUCUCUUUCACUACCUCCAAGACGGGCUCGCUGGUGGACGUCAACCAGUCGAAAGAUCCCGAAGGACUUCGUUGCUUCUACUAUCUGGUGCAGGAUCUGAAAUGUUUAGUAUUUUCCCUGAUUGGUUUGCACUUCAAGAUUAAGCCCAUCUAAGAAGGGAGCCGGUUGUCUGGACAUUUCGGACAUCAUUUACUGAACAAUAUUCAAAUCAUCAUCAACGCGUAAAAUAAAGUGUAGGUUUAUUAUA